CAUAUUAUUCUGCAUUUUGGCGUGUCUACACUGCUGGCUAUGCAGCAUCAGUGACUUCACUCAUUACAGCUCUAAUUGUCUUUGCUGCCUUCAGAAAAUUCCACUGUACACGGAAUUAUAUCCAUAUGCACCUGUUUGUCUCCUUUAUCCUGAGAGCAAUUGCUGUUUUCACCAAAGAUGCUGUUUUGUUUGCAGAUGAAACUAUGGACCACUGCCUAAUGUCAACGGUUGCUUGUAAGGCUGCUGUGGCAUUCUUCCAGUUCAGUAUUUUAGCCAAUUUCUUCUGGCUUCUUAUAGAAGGGAUUUACCUGCAAACACUGCUUUUGCUGACCUUUGUUUCGGAUAAGCAAUAUGUAUGGUGGUUCGUAUUUACUGGCUGGGGGGCUCCCACUGCUGUGAUAUUUGCUUGGGUCCUCACACGAAUCAACCAACAAAAUACUGGAUGUUGGGAUGAUGACGAGAAUGGAGUAGUGUUAUGGAUCAUCAAAGGUCCCAUUCUGCUAACUGUAUUGAUUAACUUUAUUAUAUUUAUUAAUGUGAUCAGAAUUCUAGUCCACAAAUUGAAAUCUCAAGAGGGAGGAGGGAGCCAUUCAAACCACUUUGUGAGACUUGCUAAAUCUACGUUACUCUUAAUCCCCCUCUUUGGAGUGCACUACAUUGUAUUUGCAUUUUUCCCAGAAAGCACUGGUCUGGAAGCUCGCCUUUAUGUUGAGCUGGGCUUGGGUUCUUUUCAGGGUUUUGUUGUUGCUCUUCUAUAUUGCUUCUCAAAUGCAGAGGUUCAAAGUGAACUGAAGAAACAACUGUGCAAAUGGCAGUAUCAAGAAUACCUGAACUUCACACACAAACACAAAACUUUGUCCAGAGAAAAUAGUCCAGUCAACUACGUCACUCAGUUAUCACUGCUCGAAAAAAACAGCCCAAAAAGGAAAACAUCUGUGUACCAGAAUGGUGUAACUUCUGUCUGAGCUUUUCUAGAAGGAUGAUUU